AAAGAAUUGAAAACAGGAUGCUGCCCAUCACAGAACACCUGCUACACAUCCUCGGGCUGGAGAAGACUGCAUUCCGCCUCUGUGCUGUGUCUGCACUUCUCCUGUCCCUGCUUUUCUUCCUUUUUCGCCUGCUGCUACAGUUCCUGAGGCUCUGCCGGCGCUUCUACAUCACCUGCCACCGGCUGCGCUGCUUCCCCCAGCCACCUCGCCGCAACUGGCUGCUGGGCCACCUGGGCAUGUAUCUCCCAAAUGAGUCAGGUCUCCAAGAUGAGAAGAAGGUGCUGGACAAUAUGCACCAUGUGAUCCUAGUGUGGAUGGGACCUGUCCUGCCACUGUUGGUUCUUGUGCACCCUGACUUCAUCAAGCCCCUGCUGGGUGCCUCAGCUGCCAUUGCCCCCAAGGAUGAUCUUUUCUAUGGCUUCCUGAAACCUUGGCUGGGAGAUGGGUUGCUGCUCAGCAAAGGUGACAAGUGGAGCCGGCACCGUCGCAUGCUGACACCUGCCUUCCACUUCGACAUUCUGAAGCCCUACAUGAAGAUCUUCAACCAGUGCACUGACAUCAUGCAUGCUAAAUGGCGGCGCCUGGCACAGGGUUCGGUGGUUUCCCUUGACAUGUUUGAGCAUGUCAGCCUCAUGACCCUGGACAGUCUUCAGAAGUGUGUCUUCAGCUACAACAGCAACUGCCAGGAGAAGUUGAGUGAUUACAUCUCGGCCAUCAUCGAGCUGAGUGCCCUGGCUGUGCGGCGCCAGUAUCGCCUGCACCACUAUAUCGACUUCAUUUAUUACCGCACCGCUGAUGGACGCCGGUUCCGGGAGGCCUGUGACACGGUGCACCAUUUCACCACCGAGGUCAUCCAGGAGCGACGGAGGGCAUUACGUCAGCAGGGGGCCGAGGCCUGGCUUAAGUCCAAGCAGGGCAAGACCUUGGACUUCAUUGAUGUCCUACUCCUGGCGAGGGAUGAAGAUGGAAAGGAACUGUCAGAUGAGGACAUCCGGGCUGAAGCAGACACCUUCAUGUUUGAGGGUCAUGACACCACAUCCAGUGGGCUCUCUUGGGUGCUAUUCAAUUUGGCCAAGUAUCCAGAGUACCAGGAGAAGUGUCGGGAAGAAAUCCAGGAAGUCAUGAAAGGCCGGGAGCUGGAGGAGUUGGAAUGGGAUGACCUGAUCCAGCUACCCUUCACCACUAUGUGCAUCAAGGAGAGCCUGCGCCAGUUCCCACCUGUGACCCUGGUCUCCCGUCGCUGCACCCAGGACAUCAAGCUGCCAGAUGGGCGCAUCAUCCCCAAAGGAAUCAUCUGCCUGGUCAGCAUCUACGGGACUCACCACAACCCCACAGUGUGGCCUGACUCAAAGGUGUACAACCCCUACCGCUUCGACCCUGACAAACCGCAGCAACGAUCUCCGUUGGCCUUUGUGCCCUUUUCAGCAGGACCCAGGAACUGCAUCGGACAGAGCUUCGCCAUGGCGGAGAUGCGCGUGGCAGUGGCGCUGACGCUACUGCGGUUCCGCCUGACAGUAGACAGAACACGCAAGGUGCGGCGGAAGCCUGAGCUCAUCCUGCGCACGGAGAGUGGCAUCUGGCUCAACGUGGAGCCGCUGCCUCCGCGGGCCUGAGCGCCAUCGUGCACCUGCUGAUCCAGUGGGUCCAGGCUCCGCUUCCGAGGGACCCAACCUUCCCCCCACAAAGAUCCUGGGAAUAGAGACCACGCCCCUCGAAGUCCAGGCUCUGUUCUUGG